GUGUCCCAGCCCUGUUUGGGAAGCAGGCAUCUCACCCCGAGUUUCUCAACUCGAGGCGGUUAUUUGCCAGCUCGAGGCGGUUAUUUGCCGUUCAGGUGCACGUGAAACGUUAGCUUUUUGCAAACUGGAGGUUUCAUGCAGAGGCAGAGCCUUGCUGGUGGUUACCAGCUCAGCAGAGACCAUUCCUGUUCUUCUUCCUGGAGCGAAGAGGCUGGAAGAGAGAAGACCUUCAGAAAACAACGUGGAAAUUGCAGAGGGGCACAGAUGCAAAAGGUACAGUGAAACAGGCAAAGCCUGAAGAUGAUUACCCUGGAAUAUCUAAGGAACAAAUUGAAGCCAGCUCUGAACCACCUACUUAUAGUAAUGGCUGGAGGAUGGGAGAUGUAACAGAGUGGAACAAAUUCACUAUUCCUUCUCGUUUUGACAAAGCUUAGAAGUCAUAUGCUCAACAGCUUAGCACCACGUGGUAGAAAAUGAGUUAAUGAGAGACAGGUGAAAACUACUGAUCUGCAGAACUGUGAGGAAGAGAAGACCUUCCUACUCCUGCUGAAAGGUCCAAGAGGCAUAAGAAAAACAAGGAUGUUGUCAAUAAGGAAGGCAUGCCCCAAACGCUGACUUCUACCAGUAUGUUUACCCCAUGUAGCUUCAGCCCUCAUCUACAUACUGCAAAAGAAGAUGAACAAGGAGGACUGAUCUUCCAGGAUGGAAACCUUACCUCAGCAUCUCUGGAUGCUCUAAUCCAGCAUCUCAUACCUACCACUGAUUACUACCCUGAAAAAGCCUAUAUCUUUACAUUCCUGCUGAGUUCCAGACUCUUCAUCGAACCCCAUGAGCUUUUGUCCCGAGUUUGUCACAAGUGCAUUGAGCAGCAGCGGCUGGAUGACCCUGUGCUGGACAAGGCACGGAUCAGAAAAUUCGGACCCAAAAUCUUACAGUUGCUGACAGAGUGGACAGAAACAUUCCCGUAUGACUUUCAGGAAGAGCGGAUGAUUGGCCAUCUGAAAGACAUGAUUCACAGGAUAGCCCCAUGUGAUGAGGCCUACUGGAAAAAGAUGAAUCAACUUUUGCAGACCCUGAAUCAGAAGCUUGCAACCCUCAGCCAUGGGCAAGAAGGGAUUGUCAAGAUCAGUGCUGCUGUCUCUGAUAAGCUGGUUGCCUUUAAAAGUAAACCGCCAUCAAUUCAGAGAGAAAUCCUGAGCGUCUGCAGUGACCCUUACACUCUGGCUCAGCAGCUGACACAUGUGGAGCUGGAAAGGCUAAGUCACAUCGGACCUGAGGAGUUUGUGCAGGCAUUUGUACAUAAAGACCCUCUGGAUGGCACCAAGCCUUGUUUCAGUGAACAGAAGAAGACCAGUAACCUUGAGGCCUACGUGAAAUGGUUCAACAGACUGUGCUAUCUUGUAGCAACAGAAAUUUGCAUGCCUGCAAAAAAGAAACAGCGAGCACAAGUCAUUGAAUUCUUCAUUGAUGUUGCCCGAGAGUGCUUUAACAUAGGGAAUUUUAAUUCACUGAUGGCAAUCAUUUCUGGAAUGAACAUGAGUCCAGUUUCCAGGUUAAAGAAGACUUGGUCAAAAGUGAAAACAGCCAAAUUCUUCAUUCUUGAGCACCAGAUGGACCCUACUGGUAACUUCUAUAACUACAGAACAGCAUUGAGGGGGGCAGCUCACAGAUCCCUCACUGCACACAGCAACAGGGAAAAGAUUGUGAUCCCCUUCUUCAGCCUAUUGAUCAAAGACAUUUAUUUUUUGAAUGAAGGAUGUGCUAAUCGCCUUCCAAAUGGACAUGUCAACUUUGAAAAAUUUCUGGAACUGGCUAAGCAAGUAGGAGAAUUUAUAACAUGGAAACAAGUGGAAUGUCCCUUUGAACAAGAUGCUAACAUAAUCCACUACCUGCAUACUGCUCCCAUUUUUACUGAAGAUGGUUUGUAUCUGGCUUCCUAUGAAAGUGAAAGUCCAGAAAACCAGACUGAAAAAGACAGAUGGAAAUCUUUAAGAUCCACUAUUUUAGGAAAGACUUGAAGAUUAAGAGAUUAUUGCAGUAGGUCAGAGAAAAGAAAUCCGCAAACAUUUUGCACUACUGAUUCCAAAGAUGCCUGUUUGGGAUGUAGACAAUUUACUUUGUUUGAGUUUUUUGUUGGUUUUUUUUUUUUUGACUGCCUAACAUGCUGGAUGAACUGGAUUCAUCCACUGAACUCAACAGAACUGUGCACAUGGACGCUUUUCUAACUAUGAGAGAGAGAAAGGAAGGACAGACUAUUUGUGGCUGUGCCCAAACUGCGUCAGGAUCACUGUAACCUUUGCCUCUGAAGGAAAAUAGAAGAAAAUCAGGAGCAUGGAGAACCAUGGUACUGCAAAAGAGAAUGGAAAUGUAAAAAUAAAAAUAGACAUGCCUAUUUCAGAAGCAGGUGCUUCAGAUAGCAGCUCUUUAAACCCUCUGAGGAUUAUAAAAUUAAACUGACACAGCAGCAAUCUGGUUAAUUGCUGAAUGAAGAAAGAAGAACUUAAUCUUACAUUAGCAGUCCCCCAGCCUUGUUGAACAAAGCACUGACUGCAACAGGUAUAAGCUUCCAGUGGAUGAAAGUGACGUCACUCGCUCAUACGUACACAUGUAUGUCAUAUACAGAUCACAUCAGCAUGGGAGAGUUGGACACAUCCUAUGAAUUUUUACAGAGAACAAUCUGAAGUAUGGCUAUUGCUUAGUUACUCUUCCCACCACUGUUGUUGUUUUUCUUACUGUGAAUCUCGGCAGAUCUGCGGAGGGCAUACAGUAUAGACGGUAUUCCUUAAAUACCACCUCCCCCCAAGCUGAACUGAAGAAGCAAAUUACUCUGGACUCAACUUACCUCUAUUUAAUGUAUGUAGUGUUCUCCCUAAUUUUGUUCAUGGUGAGAUGCAUCUUUUAGAGGGCUUUAUCACACUUACAGAAAAAAGAUACUGCAUUAGCAUUUGAAAAAAAAUCUGUCAGGUUCCAGUUAAUACAGUACUGUUUGUUUUGCAACAUGAUGCUAAGGGGAUGGGAAGGGGGAAGUAAUUGCUCAGAAGUGGGAACUAUAUGGUAUGCUUUAAAAAGACAAAGGUCUUCAGACUAGAAUGAAUGAACUAAAGUACAAAAUUUGUCAUUCAUUAACAGGUAACCAUUUUUAUCUUAUUUGGUUUUUAGGGUCUAAACCAUAUCCACCACUUCCUUACAGAUAAUACAGAGACUGUGGCUUCUCUUCUAACUUGUACAAUGAUCAUGGUGCUACUGUAAUCUAUAAGAAAUGAUAAUGAACUGUAUGGAUAUUAGAUUCAAAACUAAGCCCUAACAGUAGGCUACUUGUUUAUAUGUGAAAGGGCUGUUCCACCUGCCCCAAAACAGACCUCAAAAAGCUUUGAUGAAACCUAAAUGUCAUGUGAUACUGAACUUUGUUUUAGUACUGACUUGAUGCUGGCCUUUCAAAUGUUCCAGUCUUUCUCUGUCUACAAUGGCAGAACAUAACAUUUUCUUUGAAAUCAUUAAUUGCUUUAUUUCAAUUCAGAGCGAUUCCAAAGUGGCUGCAGGGUUUGGAAAGAUGAGGCUAAUCGUAAAACCUGGCUAUGCAUUUAGCCAGAAAGCUGGAACUGUUCCUGCCCACUGCCAGGCCUCACAAAAGUUACCCAUGCAUGAGUGAGUUGUUGAAAUGUGAGGGGCAUCGGUGAGUUAUUAUUUGAGGGCAACCCAGAAAAUGAAGCUGAUCUGGGGUACAGUGGCCUGGGACAUGUUCUACAUGACAUACUAAAGCUUGGUAGUGUUUAUAGUGCAGUUCUUGUGUUGGGUUUUGAUCUGUGAAAACCUGUGCAGUCUGGACCAUGGCAACCUGGAAUCCACUCUUGCAGUUUUGUGAGAUGAGCAGUUGAAGUGAGCAGGACAGUUUUGUCUAAAUUUGUGUACGGAGGGGCUUGAGGCAGAAAUCCAAUUCUCCUUUUCGUUUAUCUAUCAGCACAUGAGUUCUAGCAGGGGCAACGUGUCAGGGGAAAAUGUCAUCUCAAUACUCAAGCUGUGCAUGGGAGAACUAAGUGUAAGAUUAGUACAACAUCAUUCCAGCCAGGGAGCAAUGAUUCUGGUGACACUAUUGAUACUGUUUGUUAAUUUUUGUACAUGAGCUGAGAGCUAUAUAGAGAAAUGUACGCACACAGCCAUUCCUUCAACCAGAACCAUUUUCAGAAUGAUGCCACUAAAAUCCUGUUUAACUCCAAACAAAUCCAGAGCAAUAACCAUAAAUGUACCUGCAACAAUGCUAAUGCUUGCAUGUGUUUGCUAAAUGGGCUCUUUUUUUUUUUUUUUUUUUGUGAUGUCUGAAUCUUUUUAGUAGGCACAGUGUGACUUCAUGAUGGAAUUGUUUUUUUUUUAGUUAUCUGAAACCCACUGUAGGUGGAUGGGCCCUUCCUUAAAAACUGUUUCUUAAAGUGCAAAUGGUCACUCCUUUUCUAAUGAUCCAAUUGAGGCUGGUACAGCUGAGGUAUUAACACCCAGAAGAUUAAUCAAAAUGUGAUUUCUCUUGAUAAUAUUUCACAUUUUGGUAAAGGUACCUUCCUGCGUUCAGGCAAUUUCAUAAGAAUGAGUUAAAAUUUGGUCUCAUAAAGUUUAUCAGUGUUGCAAGCUGAACAACAUUCAUAGUCCAAAACUUUCAAACCUCAGUGCUUAAAAUGGAAGCACAGAAGUCAGAUUUAGGGAGGUAUUAAGGGCUUAGCGGGGCUUUCAGAAGCACCAGAUCAUCUUUAAGUCUUUAUGUAGUCACACACUUUUUUUUUUUUUUAGAGGUGCUAAGCAUCCUCAUCUCUUGGUGAAUACUGAAGCAAUUACUGCUUCAUAGAGGUGCAUGGUAUAGUGACCCAUAGCAUGUGGUCUCCAGAAAUGCUGACUGCACCUUGCAAAUAACUCGGAGAUGAGAGUACACAACAACUUAAAAUGAGAAGACAAUACUUUCAAAACAGACUUUAGGAACCGUGACUUGCCUUCACGUAGCUCUGUGGCCAAAAUCCUAUUGAUUUAAAUAGAAACCAUUUUCAAGAGUUAAGUUACAGCUUCAGUUGCAUUCGCGCCUUAUGCUUGGCCUGACUAGGGAGUACAGCUGCAGACAGCAGGGUGGUCAGAGCUUUGCUUCACCAACAGGCAUUGCAAAGCCUGAAUACGACUGAAAUAAAAUGACAAUUUGGGGAAUGAUUUCUUUCAAAAAAAUUUAUUAGCACUAUGUGAAAUAGAAAAUGAGAUAAAGCGCCUCUGAUACUUAUGUUUUCUUGCUAGAAACAUGUAGAGAGCUCUUACCAUGAUUUAAAAAAAGCCGUACCACUUAAUGCCAAACACUAGGCUGUUGUACAGUGUGUAGUCAAGACAAGUUACUGUUAGUAAUGCCAUGGCUUUCUAAUUCCACUGUUUUCAGUGGAUUUGCCUUCCUGACGACUGUUUGAAUUAAUGCUCCAUGGAGAACAGAGCAAAGCUAGAGCUGUAGGCCUGUGUUAGUAUGAAAACCCUAAGCUAGUAAGAUGUGACUACAUGAUGCAGUCUUUCAGAAGCAUUAACUUAGCUUCUGUGCAUACAGCAACAUUUUAGAAGAUUUGAAUAUAUUAAAUCACUUCUGCAUCCCCUCUUGUGUGAUCAAAGUGGUAACAGAAGUCCUGUUUUUUCAUUUCUUGAGAGUGCCAUUCAGCAACCCAGGGCUAGAUCCAAAGCCCAGUGAAAAGCAAUGAGGAAAUUGUGUGCCCUCAGCGUGUGUUGAAGGCAGUAGAUAAACUUGCUCAAUGCCUUUCAGAAGACACAUAAUCAUACAGUUUUGCCCUCAGUUUCACUUCAGCAUCAAUCACAUUACCUCAUUAAAGGUGGGUGGAUGAUUAAGCGUAGAUCCGCUGGCCGUGACUGAAUUCGGAGCGUAGAGAACUCUUGCGGUGAGUCUUGCACACAAGAGCCCCGUGCAGCAGGUGCACUGUGCUUAGCAUAUCGCUGUCCCUCUGGCAGGCAGGUGAGGGUCCCUCGUACAGCUGGCUGGAAGCAAACCGUGAUCUCAGGCCCUGCUGAGAUGGCACUUCAACAAAGUGCAGACACAGCCACUACGGCAUCUCAAACAAGAAGCAGUUCAAGCGUAGGGAUAUUUUUCUCAGCUUGAAAGUUUUUUAUGAUGUGGCCAGUAGUGAUAAGAUAAUAACCCACUUAAAAUCAAGCCAGUCCCUUACUGAUACCUUUGUUACUUUAUCAUGCUGUAUUGCAAUAGUUUAUGCACCUUUUUUUAAAGCACAUGAGCACUGCAAAUCUAGUUUAGAAUGAAGUUCAGGUUAAUGAAUCUGUAGUUGGAGUUAUCAAAAAGAAAAUGUGUUAGUAGAAAAGAUAGUUAUGCGUAUCAGUCUAGAAAUGUUACGCAGUUAGUAGUAUCUGGCCUAACAAUGACUAUUUCGUAGAGGGAGACCGAACCCAAGCACGGGGAUGUGUCGGGGAAAAACUCCAAUUGAUUUUGAUGGGUUUUGGAGCAGUCCUGCAACUAUACCGUUUAAAGUUAUGUAUAGGGAUUAAAUUGCAUUGGCAACUGGUAUAGUCCUUGGCCUUUCAUUUGAGCCAACUGCAAAUCUCAGAUGGGCAGGUGCACUUAAUAGGGUGAAAAUCCAGCCUUGGCAAAAGUUUUCUUUGACAUUGUUCUGGUUUCAACAGCAAAUUCAAGGAGUGAAUUUGAUCCAGUGAAUUAUCUCAUCAGAGAGCAAAAUUUGGCCUUCUGGCUUUAAGAAGUCUUUUUUUUUUUUUCUUUUUAAAGAGGUAGAAAUCAGCCUUACUAUCUCAGGAGCGUCUUUCUUUGGAAAUUAAAACCCCUUUGAUUGUAAACAUUAUUUCCAUUGUUGUAACUGCAGAAUAGGAUUAGGAAGUAACAAGGAAACAUGGAAAAGCUCCUUUGUCACUACUCAGAGGCUCAAUUGUGGGCCAAAGGCUUUUUUUUUAAAAAACAAAACAAAACAAAACGUUGUUAAGUGAAAUUACCUCGGUAGUUGGUGCAGGGCAUUACUCAAUCGUGGCUAGGGAACAGUGCAGAUACAGCUGGUGUCCGUAUGGCAGCACAUACACUAACAGGUGGAUGUGGCAGUGAUGUUCCUGUACAAAGCUGUCAUGCACAUCCGUAUCUGAGCCUGCACCCUUUGGUUUCUGAUGCUAGGACACAAUGCUUUUGAAAGGUAAGAAAUUCUUGGAAGUUCACCUGAGGCAAAACACACUUCCUUCUCCAUCCAACAGAAUAAUUACAAGAAAAUUCUUUAAACUAAAAGAGGUUUCUCUGGAGGAUUUGAAACAGUGGAGAAUUUGUUACUUAGUUGACAGAAAUUUUAAGAUCUAAGCACCAUGGUAAAAUAAGUACGUAAGAGCAAUACUUUGACGGUUGUUAACUUUUAUAUUUCACAGCGUGGCAGUGGAGUGCAAAAAGACACCUGUGCAUGUGCUAUUCCUCUUAAUAUCAAUGGCAGCUGGGCAGUCCAAAGCAGGAGAGAAUACAGUGAAAAAGUGAUGCAUGCAGCAAGCUGUUCCAAUAUUUGUGUUUUCACGUUGGGUAUGUUGGAAAGAAAGCAUGCUGCCUUGCAGUGGAUCCCUUUCUCUACAGCCAUUGUUAGCUGCUCUGUAGUGAUCCAGUCCCUGAGCUGAUAGGGGAGGCAGCAAGCAAGUUACCCUUUUCAGUGGAACAGAUCUGGAAGCGAAUCUGUUUUGUAUUUAUUUAUUUUACAAUUCUUUUUGCAUAUUUUCAGAUAUGCAAAAGUUAUCAAAUACAUUAAGUUAAUGCGCAUACAAGGCAUCGCAUUCUGCAUUUUUAUACUAUGCAAGAUGUAUAUUAGAAGUUAAUAGCUUGUAUGGGUGGCAUUUCCUACAUUCUGCACAGGUGCAAGACGCUGAAACUCGGGCGAUAACCUGAGUUACAGAAAAAAGUAAAUAUGAGUUACUCUUGUGUAGAUCCCCUACCUUGCACUGUGGCCAGACUCAGACUGUAAUGCUGUAAAUUCGGGGUGGCUUAGAAUGCCAUCUCUCCCUCUGAUACCUUUCCUUCCACAGAAGUGGUAUUUUGUUCUAUCAACAGCUCCUGCAAAAUGCCAUAGGAAUAUUUUUCUAGUUCUCUGCCAUACAGGGACUCUGCAGUCAUGUGCCAGAGCUGUCACGCUAGGAGUCCUUCUCCCUUCUUCCCUGGCACUAAAAGUGCUAGCCCAGACUAAUACUGCAGUGCAGCAACGUUCCCAGGCCUUCUUGAAUCCAGAAGACUUACGGGUUCAGAGCUCACAAGUCCUGUAAGUUAAAUCUCUGUACAGUAAAUUUCCUUCUAAUAUGUGCACAACCUAUUUAAUGGACUGCUGAGCAGAAAAUUCCAGCUACCUUUCAGAGAAAAUGCAACUUCCUUAGCGCACUGUAACUGGUCAGUGACGUCACUGCUUUCAUCAUUUAAUUCACUUCUAGAAUUCCAGUCUUUUGGGGAUAACUAAGCAUAUGACGGUUUCCUGGUGUUUGGCCCAUGAGUGAAAAUGGGAAUUUGAAGAGCUGAGAAAGAGUUGAGAAAACAGGGGUUGGAGUCUAGACAGCUGACAUGAUAUGUACUUCCAAAACAGCCCAGGCUGGGUUAUCACUUACAGUAUGUCCUUGUCUUGAACUAGAAGGAAAUUUUUCCAGUAGAAUCCUCCUAACUCUUAGUGAGCGAUACAAGCACACAGCUAUUAAAUUUAAGUGUUUCAAGAUACGAUUCUUACAAACGUGUAAGUACUUCCCUUAGGAGUCAGUCUGUAAAAAGAAAUAAAACUGCUAGCAUGCCGUACAGAUGGAAAAUAAAUUAGCCGCUGGGUUCCAGAACUGUUGACUCUUAGCAAGUAGUCAUUGGUAUAUAAAGGUGAGAAAUCAGAUUUUAGUAUUUUUUUCACUUUUAGCAAGUUCUGUGAAAUGUGACGGUACCAGUUAUCUUAAACCUAUACCCCAGGAACAUAUUAUUCCAAAACAUUUAUUCACAGACCUAAACGCACAGGGUAAAAACGAGUAAGCAGAAUUGUCCUUAUAUUCAAAAUGAGAAAUUCAAAGAUUGAAUGAUGUGUCUGCAGUCACCUGGGAAGCAUGUGCUUUCCAAAAUUACCCCAUAUUGACAUCCAAAUUCUAGUCUUACAUUUCAUCUGUUAUAACUCCGUUUUACAAUUGUGCUUAGAAAAAUGGGAAAUAAAUUAUUUUAUUUUUAAUUAAGAAUAAGCUAAGAAAUAAAAGAAAUAUGGAUUAAAAGACUGGUAGCUAAUGAUUGUGGGAGCAAUAGUAAUGAGGGGCUCCGCUUUUCCUGUACCUUUUCCUUUAAAUUAAGCUAUUUCAUGUUAUGAUCAGCAUUUUUGGGUCAAAUCAAAAUCCCCGUACCCUCCAUAAUACUAAACCCAUGUAGAUUUGUUAGAAGUCCUCAAAGCAAAUAUCACCACUGUAUUAAUUGCGCAGGCAGAAAACAGUAAAGUUACUUGAAAGUGGCUGUUAUAAUUUCGUGACUGUACAUAGAUCUUGCAAAAUGUUAAUGGUAAUAUGCAUACUGUACCCCACAUAAACACCGCCAGAAUAGCAUGGUCAUUGUUACGCUUUAUAGCUGUUGUGGAAAAUGUCUUAACCCGCAUUCAUGAUUAUAGUGCCCAUCCUACUUCCAUGCCUUUUUAUACAGUUGUGGUAAGAUUGUUAUGAAAUCCUUUUGUCAGUCAUGUUCAAGCUAACUUACCUAUGUAUAGAAUUUAUAUAUUAAACCCCCCUAAUUUAUACUGUGUUUUAACAGUUUGCCUGAACUGUCUAUGGUUUCUAAAUUUUGUAAUGUGAGUGUCAAAUUAGAAUAAUAAAAAAGAAAAAUU